AUGGCGGAAAGGACUUUCGAUGAUGAGGUCGCUGACCUCGUUGCCAUCCUGCGCACCGACGCCUCGGUCGACGCCAGGGUCCAGCAGGUUACCGCCGUCAAGUCCCGCAUCAAGCAGCAAAAUGUCCCCGAAGCAUGCAUAGCGCCCCUCUUCGAGGCGCUGCGCACCGUUUCCAGCUCCCAGCAUUCCGUCCUCACCAAUGCCGGCUUCACAGCGCUCAACCAUCUCUUCACGCGAUUAGCGCGGCAAGACCCCAAGUACCUAGCGAAGGAAGGCGCUCGAACCUUGCCCCUUGUUGUCGAGAAACUUGGCGACCAGAAGGAAAAGUUCCGCCAGUUGGCGCUCCAAGCAUUGGUCACGCUAUAUAAGGCUGCGCCCGUGGAGGUUGAGCGUGCUGUGCGCAACACAGCCAUGGUUGGCAAGAACCCGAGGGCGAAGGAGGCCAGCCUACAUUGGCUGCUUCAGAUGCACCAGGAACACGGCCUCCAAUUUCGAGCCUACGUCCCUACGCUGAUGGAGCUGCUGGAGGAUGCGGACGGCGGGGUGCGCGACGCCGCCAAGUCAACAGUCAUUGAACUGUUCAGGAACGCACCCAAUACUGCCAAAUCUGAUCUGAAGCGACAGCUGAAGAACUUCAAAGUCCGGCCAGCCAUCGAACAAGCCAUCGUCAAGGAGCUCAACCCCGUAGGGUCCGCCCCUGUUUCGCAGCCCGAGAGUCUGAACGAACCGGCUCCAUCACGACCAAUGCUCGCUGCAAGUGUAUCGGCCCUUGCCGACCGCCCGGUGACCCCCGGCCUGCUGGAUAAUCGCCCCGAAGCUGUGGAGCCUUCAUACGUGAACACGUCACGCGAGCUCGACGAGAUUUUCAGAGAAAUGCAUUACCACUUCGAGGGAAAGGAGACGGAGCAAAACUGGAUGAAGAGAGAGGAAAGCAUGACCAGGCUGCGUCGGCUCAUGGCCGGUAAUGCUGCCACCGACUUCGGCGACCAGUUUCUUAAUGGGCUUCGGGCGCUCCUUGACGGCAUCAUCAAGGCUAUCGUUUCGUUACGGACCAGUCUCUGCAAGGAGGGCUGCAGUUUGGUUCAGGACAUGGCGAGAGUAUACGGCCCAGCAAUGGAUCCCAUGGUGGAGCUGCUCAUGCAGACAUUCAUCAAGCUCACGGCCGCGACCAAGAAGAUCAGCUCUUCACUGGCGAAUACCACCGUUGAUACCAUCAUCUCGAGGGUUUCUUACAAUGCCCGCAUUAUGCAACACAUCUGGGGCGCCUGCCAGGACAAGAACGUCCAGCCUCGGCUGUAUGCGACGGGGUGGUUGAAGACCCUUCUUAAGAAGGAAGCUCACCACAAGAAUCAUGUGGAACACACGGGUGGUCUGGACCUGAUAGAGAAGUGCAUCAAGAAAGGCCUUAGUGACGCCAACCCUGGCGUGAGGGAAAAGAUGCGCGCCACCUACUGGACUUUUGCGGGCAUCUGGCCGGCAAGGGCAGAGGCUAUCAUGAACGGGCUCGACGCGACCGCAGCAAGGCUGCUGCAGAACGAUCCGAAUAACCCCAACUCGCCUAAGAAGCCGGAAGGAGCCCCGCGGCCUGGCCUCGGUCUGUCGAAGAGCACAAUUGGCACGUCAAAGCCGAGUUUGCGCGAUGCCAUGCUCGCCCAGAAGAGGGCCAUGACCACGAAAGCCCUCCCAGUCCGGCCCGGCUCGGCCAUGUCACAAUUCUCUCCCGUUCGGACGGUAUCAGGCUCUUCUCAGGCGCCCGCAGCCCCUGCGACUACGACGGUGCGCACACGACCCGAGUCGGCAAUUAUAAGCUCCACGGGUGGGCUCUCUGGUGCUCCUGUGAGACCGGGAAGGAGAAAACCUGAGAUGUCUCGACCAGCCACGGCUGGUCCGUACUCGGUUAGAAGCCAUGACCAGCCCUCGGUCGAGCAAACCAGCCCGCCAAGUAACCCAAAACCUAAAGCGGUCACCCCCAAGUCUAUCAACGCGUCACCGAAACGGACGGUCCCUAAGACGGCCCGGCCGCACCAGAUUGCGAGUCCCGAGCCGCACCUCCCAACGCCCACCAAGGCGGGGACCCCAAAGAGCUUCGCUUCGCCUCGAACCACACCCUCAAGAACUGGGCUGCCCGCUGUUGCCCCGCCAUCAAGCAGCCCGUCAAAGGUGCACGAGGACUUUACCUUGGUGGUGCCGACCAUAACGGCUUCAGCGCCUGCAAGCCCGGUGACCACGCCGCCACGCAUUGCUGAGGUUGCUCUGUCCGCUCCGACCAGCCCCCCAAGUGCCCUGGAAGUUUACGAGGAUCCAUUUACGGAAGAGCAGGCCACACCGAAGCCCAUCGUUGCUGGACCUGUCCUGGAGGACCGGCCGGUCAACGAGGAUGCCGCCAUCCUUCAGCAGGCGAGUCGGCAACGGGACGGGGAGCCCAACGGCAUCACCCCGUCCCCCGACAAGACUAAGCAGAAUUUGCGCCUUUUAGACAGCGGCAUCUCCAAAGUGCAGCAGCAAUCCCUCGACGUCCAUGGCUUUCGCAAGCUUCAAAGCAUCAUCCGUGACAGCGAUAACAAAUCGGGUGCCACCCCGCUGCUGGCAGACGAUAAGUUCGACGCGCUGGUGUUGGGCCUUUUCAACUUUCUCGAGUCGCCUCUCGACCACCUCGCCCCGGAGAAAGCCCAGGAUGUCAAGGCCCAGGCCCUGGCGACUAUCAAGCUUCUCUUGAAGCGUAUGCGCAACUCGUUCCAGCCGCGCGUCUCGGCCGGACUGGAGAGCUUGCUGCGCGCCCGCGCGGCGUACGAGGGGCGGACCCACAUGGUCGGCGGCCUGGAACUGCUCGCGUCGGAACUGGCCGCCCUCGGGGACGCCUCCGAGAUCGUCCUCGUCCUCUCGCGCAUGCUGGCCGGCAUGGACGUCGACGGCCCCGCCGCCGGCAGGUCGCUCAGCAUGGGCCUGCACGUCCUUAAGGAGAUGAUGGACGCGCGCGGCGCCGCGUUCAGCCCGUCGGACGCCGAGGUGGAUGCUCUUGCCGCGCUGGCCAUGCGGUGCCUGGAGAGCCUCGUGUCGGCCGUCCGGAUGGACGCCGUGCUGCUGUGUGUCGCGCUGCACGCCAGAAUCGGCGACGCGCGGUUCUGGGAGGCGGUCAAGAACGUGAAGGAGGAUCCGAAGAGCUUGAUCACCUAUUACAUUGUCAAGAGGCAGAGGGAGAUGGGUGGCGGCUCGGUGGCGGGACAGGCUUCGUAG